AUGCGGAAUCACAGUUCUCGAAGUGUUUACAAUAUAGGUGGGGUGCAGCAACAUGUAGAGAGGCCUUUGGAAACUGUUGUAGCAUCUGCUGCAUCCAAGCCUGAGCCUGUUCCUGUCCAAAAGGGGGAACCUAACGAAGUAGUUAAGCCCGUGCCCAUCCCAUCUCCUGCUGGGUCCAAACUCACUUCGGCGGCCCACCCGGCCUACAACAAGGCCCCGCGGCCCUUCGGCUCUGUGUCAGCGCCCAAGGCCGCGUCCAUCCCUUCGCCCGUGUCCGCCUUCGCCCCUGCGCUGGCCAGCCCGCCCCCCGCUCAGCCUGCAGCCUCCAUCACCCCGGAGCCAGCCCAGGGCCUCAGCAGCGCACCCCAGGGUGAUGGCACCCAGCACAAUGGGAAAAUCCCUCCUAAACGUCCACCGAGGAAACACAUUGUGGAUCGCAACACGGAGUUCUACCAUGUCCCCACACACAGUGAUGCUAGCAAGAAGAGGCUGAUGGAGGACACCGAGGACUGGCGCCCACGCACUGGGACCACCCAGUCUCGAUCCUUCCGCAUCCUUGCUCAGAUCACUGGCACUGAGCAUCUGAAGGAAUCUGAAACUGAGAAUCCAAAGAAGGCAAACUCGCAGACUCAGGAGCCUCCCCUGCAGUGCCAGCCAGAGCCCAGCAGCCCUGCCCAGCCCGCCGCCUCCACCUUCCAGCCCGUGAGCGCAGGUGCAGCCCAGGCCCCCAGCUGGCAGCGGUCGGGCCCAGCAGCCCCUUACACUGGGAGAAUCUCCAACAGCACCGCAUCCUCGGAAGCUGCGAGCUCAGCACCCCUAGGGGCCGCCCCGCCGCCCAACAGCGAGCAGGACACGCUGGUGCAGCGAGCAGAGCACAUCCCGGCGGGGAAGCGCACGCCCAUGUGCGCCCACUGCAACCAGGUCAUCAGGGGACCGUUCCUGGUGGCCUUGGGCAAGUCUUGGCACCCAGAAGAGUUUAACUGUGCUCACUGUAAAAACACCAUGGCUUACAUUGGCUUCGUGGAAGAGAGGGGAGCCCUGUACUGUGAGCUGUGCUAUGAGAAAUUCUUUGCCCCAGAGUGUGGCCGGUGCCACAGGAAGAUCCUCGGGGAAGUCAUCAAUGCCUUGAAACAGACAUGGCACGUCUCCUGCUUUACUUGUGUGGCCUGUGAAAAACCCAUUCGUAAUAAUGUCUUUCACCUGGAGGACGGUGAGCCCUACUGUGAGACAGACUACUAUGCUCUCUUUGGUACCAUCUGCCGUGGUUGUGACUUCCCCAUUGAGGCUGGGGACCUGUUUCUGGAGGCGCUGGGCUUCACCUGGCAUGACACCUGCUUUGUGUGCUCGGUGUGCUGUGUCAGCUUGGAAGGUCAGACCUUUUUCUCCAAGAAGGACAAGCCCCUGUGCAAGAAGCAUGCUCACUCUGUGGUUUUCUGAAAGCCAGUUGUUCAAGGGAAAGAGAUGCAAUUGGAAGAACGAGGAGAGUAAAGAUUGCCAACUAUUUGUUACAUUGAAUAUUUAUACAGAUUUUGGAAAAUAAUAGUGACCCUGAAUGGGGUAAAUUCCAGCUUUUAUACCCAUGUCUAUGAGGAAAUACUUAGCUUCAGAAUGAGACAGUUUGACAUUUAUUAUGACUUUUUCCUGUAUUUUUUUCUUUUGCCUGUAAAAUAACUUUUAUAAAAACCAAUUUCCUGGUUGACUAUUAAAUUUAGCUAAGUGUAAAUUAGUGAGGGGUUAAAUUUUAGAAUAAAUAAUCAAACCUUAAUGCUGAAAUAAUUAUACUUUGUAGGCCAUUAGAACUAAAUCUGUGAGUGGUCCGGGAGGUGGCACAGUGGAUAAAGCAUUGGAUCCUCAACCAUGAGGUCCUGAGUUCAGUCCCAGGCAGCACAUGUACCAGAGUGAUGUCUGGUUCUUUCCUAUCUCUCUCAUGAAUAAAUAAAUAAAUUCUUAAAAAAAAAAAAGAACUGAAUCUGUGAAAGGCAAUUAAAGUGCCUUCCUUACACCUUAUCAGUAAGUGGAGCCUUGUAUGUUUUUAAAAUAGUUUUUAUCUUGAAAAUGGUAAAUAGAAAUCUAAACAGAGAAUUUUUAUCAAUAACUGAUGUCUGUUUUUAGUAAUUAUAUGUACAUUUUCUGUCUUACAAAUAGUUGUUACAAUAGGAAUUUUGUGAUCAGUAUAUGUCAUACCAGUAAGAGAUAAUAGUAUAUCUUGCUCUCAUCACCCUCCCAAAGCUGGAAAAAAAAAAAAAAAAAAAAAAACAAGUUUUACCUUUUAUUAAAAUAUGGCCAUUUCCAUUCACUGAGUAUGUUUCGUUGCCUGUAUUCAACUGCAUUCUCCAUCCACCCACCCCCCCCAAGAUAAAGAGCUAGUUGUCUGAA